AUGUAUCUCAAGGCCAUAGACCGACACGACAGCUUACUCAACGAGUACGGCACUUUGGACCUUGUGAGGAGCCACACUAUCGUACCAGUUCCUCGACCGAUAGAUCUGGUAUCGGAUACCACAGGUUCAUACCUGUUAACAUCACGAUUACCCGGGAAACCUCUUGGACUAUGUAUCGACAUUAUGAUAGACGAACAAAUGAGCAUCCUUGUCAAAGACCUUGUUUGCUGUCUGAAGCAGUUGCGAUCAAUACCUAAGACUGUGUCCCCAGAGUUUGAAAUCACGGACACGUUGGGAAACGCAUGUCACGAUGCCCGAGUCAACGCUGCCAAUGAAUAUGACCCGGAACGAGGCGACUUCAUUGGGCCCUUUGCCACCAAAAAGGACUUCAACGACGUCCUCCGAGCCUACCAUCUGCCCGAAGUAGUCCAUCGGGAAGGGCACAGGAUUGUUCUUAGGCAUGGUGACCUCAACAUGCGGAACAUUCUCAUCGAGAACGGACGCUUCUCUGGAAUAGUGGAUUGGGAGAUGUCUGGCUGGUAUCCGGAAUAUUGGGACUACACCAAAGCGCAUUUCAUAACGAAAUACAAGUGGCGGUGGCUAAAGGCUGUGGAUGAGGUCUUCGCUGAGCUGGGGGACUAUAGCACCGAGCUUGAGAUUGAACGGAAGCUGUGGUGGUAUUGCUUUUGA